AUCGGUGACUUUGGACUUUGUCGAAGGGAAGGUUCUCCCUAUCCUUGUGGAGCGUUGCCCGUAAAAUGGUCUGCCCCAGAGGUUUUAGAGAACAGAUACAACUACAGCACAAAAUCCGACAUUUGGUCCUAUGGUAUCGUCCUCUGGGAGGUAUACACUCUCGGGCAAACACCCUUUGAUGAUAUACCCAAUGCCAAGCUGAAGGAAGCCCUGAAGAACAUGUUCCGUGAGGGCAGGUGUCCACUUCAAUUUCCUGAUUAUACUCCCGAAGCCGUCCAGUGGAAUGUGGACCUGCCCGCGGCUUACAACGUCUUGCUCCGUUAUGUGGGCGAAUCAGAGAACAAAGCCAAACUGAAGGCAAGAAUGGCAAGCGAAGAGGAUUCCACGACAGGCAGGGUUUCCACGACCCUCUACCAUGCGGCCAAGUAG